AUGGCGAUGUUCAUUCACUUAUUAAACUGUUCCAAGACUUUGCGGGAUCUCUUGGUGUUGCCUCUAACAAGCGUCAAUCGACACAGACAACUACAUAACCCACACUCCCACAUCCCCACUAUCACACCCUAUACCUCACACCCCACCCCACCCCACACCACCUCACCCCACACUCCCACACCACCACACAAUACUCCACCACACACUCCCACCGACAUCCCACAACCCCACCCCACUCCACCCUGCACCCCACACACCACCCCUCACCCCAUAUCCCACCCGACCCCACACAGCAUCCCCAAUCCACCCCACACCCCCAUACCCAUACCCUCACCCACAACUUACCCUACACCCCACCAGGGACUGCAACAUCGACCACUUCCCCCACCGAAUACUCAGGAGUUGAGAACCGCCUUCCGUCUCCAGAGAAUAUCCGAUCUCUUCUGUCUCGUAAACCCCCAAGAUCGUUCUGGGUAUAACAGAUACUUAGCGCUGAUCUCUGCUCUGUAUCAGCCGCUGAUCGAGCGUCAAACUGGGCGUUUUUUUGCGCCACUUGAGGGCGUAGAAGGAAGGAAGGAAGGAAGGAGGAAGGAAGGAAUAAAAGCGUAA